CGGCUGGCUGCGGCAAUAUGCCGUGCCUCGGCUGGUUAAGUGUUGACCCAUCGAACGCCGACAGAAAGUGCAAGCACAAAACAAGAUGACCCAACUCGAUCUGUCUCCACUUCACGACUAUAUUCGUAACAACUGUCAAAACGUCUUAUAUAAAGAUGGUGCCUCGACCCCUCUCAAGCCAGGUGCUCUGCUCUGAUUGGUCGUUACUUAAAUUACGAUAAUAAUGUUAUCUAGUCUAGGAAAAACGUAACUUAAAAAGUAAGAUCAAAUUAAAAGUUAUUAGAAGCUUUUACAACAUCAAUAAACAUUAAACAUUACACACUAUGCGUUAAACAGUAAUUCAGUUGACAAUGGCUACUUUAUAACUUCCUACUUUAAAUAUAAUCACAAUGGCUUUCUCCGACAUGACGGGGUGAUGCCAAUAUAAGAGACCGCACCCUCAUUUUCGGGACACACUCGCCACCGAACACUGAAGCCAGCGGAAGCUCUGCCCGUUUGACUAGCCAAAAUAAUUAAUCAUUUUAACUCUGAUAGUUGAUUAAGUUAAUCUUGUAUUUUUAAAUCAUUUUAGUGUUAAUUACAUUUACUCAAUUCUGUUAGUUUUCUUAUUAAUUCAAAUAGUACUGUAGUAGUGUAUAAGAGAUUGAUUUUUUUUUAAUUUUCCCUGCUUCAUAUCCUUAAGAUCAGAAGUGGGAUAGUGAAACUUCCACGUCCUUGUUUGUACAUCCUGAUACGAUGUGUUUCCCUUGUUAUUUCUUUAAUUGGCUAGUCAUACGAUCAGAAAUAUAUUUUUGGAAAUAGUAACUACCCUUGUUUAAAAGGACAAAUUAGCACUUUGUUUUCGUGUUUCGUAUAAUAUACGUAAGUAAGACGUGAUGUGACGGUGUGAUCAAGUUUUAUAAUGUCAACUUUGGUGAGUACGUUCCAAUUGUUUUCUUCUCCGCUUUAAAAUAACAAAUAGAAGUUGUAUUUGUUAGCUUUUUGUGUAAAUUUUAGAAUGGCUCAAUUUCACCGCCCUCACGUCUGCGAGCCCACAAGUGAGCCCGCAUCCUAACCUAAUUAACCUUUUUUUUUUUAACGAGGGGCAAUGCACUUCCACACCCCUGCGCCGGGCCAGUGUGCAAUGGCGCAGGGAGUGUGGGACUCGCCUACAGUCGUUCGGCCAUACCCACUAAAACCCCUCUAGCCCUCCUCCUCGCCAUAUGGCCGGGUUACGGGUACGCGUGAGCAUUCUUCCGCGACCCAGCCCCACACCUCAAACUCCGACCACGAGGGAUGCAGGGGGGCAGGAUAAACCAGUACCCUUCCCACAUCCCUCGCGGCCCCUCCAUCCCUCCGGCCACGAGGGAUGCAAGGUGGGCAGGAUAAACCAGUACCCUCCCACAGCCCUCGCGGCCUCCACACGUCCACGGCCACGAGGGAUGCAGGGGGCAGGAUAAACCAGCACCCUUCCCACAUCCCUCGCGGCCCCACACCUCAAACUCCGGCCACGAGGGAUGCAAGGAGGGCAGGAUAAACCAGUACCCUUCCCGCAUCCCCCGCGGCCCCACCACCAUAGGCAGUACGGAGGCAGACAAUCGUCCACCUCCGGCGCCUCCAACGGUUGGGGCCCGGCUAGCGCGCUAGACCUGUCGGAACACCAUCGACUAGUCCUGCGCGCACCGCCAGGCCCGGGUCCGGCUAGCGCGCUAGACCUAUCGACACCUCGUCGACUAGUCCUGCGCGCACCGCCAGACCCUGGUGUUUGGUUCGCGGGGCUUGCGCCCUACCCCGACACGAAUGCCGGGGCGUUCCCCUAUCCACCACCCGGGGACGCGCCACGUCGGAGUUCACCUCUCCGCCCACUCGGACAACCGAGCAGGUCCGUGGAGGAUAAACCAGUACCCUUCCCGCAUCCCCCGCGGCCCCACCACCAUAGGCAGCACGGUGGCGGACAAUCGUCCACCUCCGGCGCCUCCACCGGUUGGGGCCCGGCUAGCGCGCUAGACCUGUCGGGACACCAUAGACUAGUCCUGCGCGCACCGCCAGGCCCGGGUCCGACUGGCGCGCUAGACCUGUCGACACCUCGUCGACUAGUCCUGCGCGCACCACCAGACCCUGGUGUUUGA